GGGUACAUCCUUCAUGAAGCGAAGCAGCCUGCCUGCCUGCCACCGCCGCUGCUGCUCAAACGUGGAGAAAAAGGACACGGAGAGGGGACGCUCGCAGCUCCAUUGUUAGUCGACUCUGGUUAAAUUUACGGCUCUGUCGACAUAUUUAAUGCGUUUUUAACCUCGGCGCUGGACCAGACAGAGAGGGGAGUGUUUGUGAUUCUCCUCAGGACGAGACGCGGCGGAUCAAAGGAUACUGAAGUGGGUGAAGAACUGGCUGUUCAAGAAGAAGAGUGAGAGUCCCCAACCCUCCUCAGCAACAGCAGCCCAUCAGUAUCCAAACCUUAGGAGGAGGUGAUGAAACCGGAUGGGGUUAAUAUGGAAACCACGGAGCCCACUGAAGCUGCAGCAGUAGCAGAGCACCCCCCAUUGCAGGACGUCACAACAGAGCAAGCCCCAUCACAACCAGGGGAGACUGCAAAUGAUGUAGCACCUGAACCAGCUCCAAAGGCCAAUGGCAAGGCAGUAGCAGCAGACCCCAAAGCCAAAACUAAAGCUGUCUCGGCUAAAAUCCCGCCAACAGCUAAAUCAGCAGGAGCUACAAGACCAGUAACGGCCUCCCAGCGCACAGUCAACGAUGUCAAAUCAUCCAAUAAUGUUUCUGCAGCUGCAAAGAAGGCAACAACAUCAACAUCUGCAAAAGCAUCAGCAACGGGGCCUGCAUCUAAAAGACCGGUGGGUGUCGCAGCUGUUUCCUCAACGCUCAAGAACCAAACUAAAGUGCCGGACAGGAAGCCUGUGGGAGCAGCCAGGACAACCUCCGCUGCUGCCACGGCAACAAAUGGUACCAAACCGACCACAGCAAACGGGACCCCUAAGAGGAGACCAGUGGCUGAGACUGUUAGACCCAAAACCACAGCUUCUUCCAACAGACCAGCGUCUUCCACUGCUCCGAAACCCAGCACUUCAACCACAACAACAAGACCUGCUGCUGGAGCCACGGCAAAGACCACCAGGCCUGCUACAGCUCCCCCAACAUCUCGACUUGCCUCCACCACCACAUCCAGGCCUACUUCAUCUGUAACCAGCAAGCCCUCCACCACCGCAGCUGCCAAAACCACCGCUUCUAGAGCUACUACAGUACCCUCUACUGGCAGGACCACUACAGCACAGCUGCCCAAAACUGCUGCUGCUGCUAAGAAAGAUGUCAGUCGACCACCUCCUGCUGCAAUGGCAAAGAAACCGUUAACUACAACAUCCUCCGCUACCAAAAAACCUGAAUCCUCUAAACCUGCCACCACCACCACCGUGAAGCAGAACUCUGCCUCUAAACUGUCAACGACCGCAAAGGCAGCAGAAACCAAGGUGUCGCAAACCAAAGCCCAACCGCCCGCUAAAUCUGCUCCCGCAAAGAAACCCGCGGCUGCUGCUCGAUUACCUGCCCUCAACAGACCUCCGAUUGGCCGAACCCCACCUGCUUCUCCAGUCAACAAACCUGCAAACAGCAGCGCCGCUCUGUCCAAACGCGGUGCCAAACCAACUCAGGCUGUCCCCCCGUUCACUGCCGCAAAAAAGACCGGGGUUUCAAAUACCACCACGCCUGCUGUGGAAACACAGCACGCUGAUAAUGCAACGGUAGCAACAGUAGCAGCUGCCACAGCAGCGAUUGUGCUAGCAGAAUCUCAAUCUGAGACUGCAGAGUCCCCUCCACAAGAAUCAUCACUUGUGGCACCUGCACUAGAGGAGGUCUCGCUCCCAGUCUUGGCCCAGGAUACCACACCGGAUGUGGAACCUGAAGAGACUGUCCAAAGCCAUGCAGCUGCCUCCGCUCCUCCAGAAAGCCUCGUCCUGACACAAACAACUUCCCCCCAGGAGCAGCCGGAAAGCAAUGCUCCCUUACAAACAACACAGGAGCAGAUCCCUGCUCCAGCUGAUCCUGAAGUACCACCAGUGGCCUCCUCUUCAGACCUCCAGAAGGAGUCUGUGAACCCAUUUACAGACCAAACCCCUUCCAUCUCUCAAGCCCCUCCAGUAACGGAAAGUCCCCUCACUCAGUUACCUCCUCAAAGUAAUCUUAAUGAUGAGGAGGAUGAAGAGGAGCAGUGGGAGAGCCAGCAGGUGUCCGUGUCUGAAAUGAGUGGAACCACACAGCCCACAGAGGAGUCUCGCCCCGGCUCGGCUGGACUGGUCAGAGGGUCUGCUUGGAGAGCCAGCGGCGCCCUGCUGUCCGAGCUGGACUCUGAGGAGGUGAGUGGCAGUCAGCAGGGUGCAUCUGAACUGAGCGCCCCCGGCGUCCUGGAGGGCACAGAGAGCAUGGACGAUCUGGGAGACGGCAGCCUGAAGGGAGCGAUCGACAUGGAAGGAGCCUCGGCCGGUUCACCUGACUUUGAGAAAGUUCCCGACAUUCCCGUUAACGACUUUGAUGAGGAUGAGGAAGACGACGAGGACGACGAUCGGGUGUGUGACAUGGAUGUGGGCUCGGAGCGAGCCGAUGAACCGCAGAGACCCAGGCACGACAACGACGUGGAUGAGGAAGAGGACGAUGAAGAUGUGGAGAUGGCCAGUGAGGGUGUGACAGAGAGCGGGCUGGAGAGCUAUGGGAAUGCAGACGAGGAUGACUUCGCUGAAGACGAACGGCUCGACAACUUGAACAGAGUGGCUGAGCCGCCGCCGCCUCCCUUGCUGCCGUCCGCCCCCGCCGCUCAGUGGGACCAACCAAACCCCUUCGCUGAUCACUGGGCAGAACCUCUGCAGCCACAGCAGGUCCUGGAAAACGUCUCCCAGGCAGCAGGAGCGGCUGCAGCAAGCCCUUUGGCGGACCCCUGGCAAGCGGACUCAGAAACCCCAACUCAGACCCCAGCCCAGGCCUGGCUAGAACUCAGCUCUGGUCCUUUUGGUUCUGAAGAAGCUCCCCAUCAGUCCUCUGUUAAAGAUGAGGCAGAAAAUCUAGAGGCCAGACUGUACAUGGAUCAGUCCAGCCCUGCACCCUUGCUGACCCUGCCUUCUGCUGCUGGGAUGUCUCUGUCAAGCACCCUGAGCAGCGAGACCAGCACACCUGAGGAGCUGGCUGACCCUGUGAGGCUCCGCCCCCAAGAUGCACAGGUUGCAGGGCUUUCCCCACAGCCUGACCAGGACUAUCAGGAGGAAGGAGACCAGGAAGAAGAGGAGGAAGCUGAGGCGGAGACCCUGCCCGCAGAUGAAGUCCUAGGAGGUCCUGCAACCGCCCCCACCUCAAACCCCUCGUCGUCGUCGGUAACUGAAGAUGAAGCCAGCGACACAGAGGGAGAGGCUCAGCUGGAGGAUUCAUUGGAGACCCCGGCGGUGGCGAAUAUAAUCUUUGACAGUCAGGCCGCGACCCGCCGCUGCCUGUCUGUCGUGGAGGAAGGGGAGGAGGCCGAAGUGAGCGCCUGCGCAGUCGAAGACAUAACCCCGCCUUCAGCUACAUCCCUGGCGUCUUACGGCUUUGACACCACGACCACGGCUUCAAACUCCAACGCCCAGUCCACGGGAGAGAGCUGCGUCAAAAGCCCGGGCAUCUUCUCCCUGGAGGAGCUACCUGAAGAGGUCAAAGAGCCAUUUCUGAUCCCACAGCCUGCCGCGGCGCCGUCCCUCGCAGAGCAUCAGUACAUCGAGUGUGGGAAACAGGAAGCAGAGUCGGCUGAGCAUGUCAGAGAGGAAGAGGAGGAAGCCCUGGACCCUUCAUCCACUCCCAUCACUAUGCAGCAAACAGAAGAAAACCCCGAAGACAUCCAGCCUCCUUACUAUUCUGCUAUCUGUGAAAAGACUGAAAACUCUUACGCAGGCUUCACUGCACUGCCGCACCCUCACCGCCGCGAUCACGCAGCGUACCCCAGAACCUACUGCGACAUCAUCAAACCUCCCGCAGCCCCCCCGCCGAAGCUGACCUGCGCCGACCUCCCGCCCCGGAGCCUCGGGCGGCAGGCGCUGAGCCCGCAGCUCCGCAGGCUGGAGCAGCACCAGAAGCAGCUGCUGGAGAUGCAGCACCGCCGGGAGCAGCAGAGCCGGCCGCUGGAGGAGCUGCAGCAGCAACAAGAGGAGCUGAAGCAGAGGCAGCAGAUCAUGCAGUGGCAACAGGAGCUGCAGGAGUCCAACAAGGGGCAGACGGUGGUGCUGUCGCCGUCCUCUGGCCUGUGCACCAUCUAUGAAGCUCUGGAGAACACCGAUGAAGAGGAAGGUGAAGAUGAGGGAAUAAAGGAGCUCAAGCACACCAAGAAGAAGAAACAGAGCAAGCAAGAGACGGAGAACAAGACAGAGAAGGACGACGCCUGUGAAAAGGUGAAAAAAGAUGAAGAGAAACAUGAGGACUCUGCUGUGUCCACAGAGGACCCUCCUCCUCCUCCUCCUCUUAGCCCAGACUCCCCUCAGACACCCAGCAACGACUCCCAGGACGGAGACAGCCCCCUCUCUCUCCCCCCUGAGUCUCCCGAGCGGCCUCCACCCCUGGAUCUGGACUGGGGGAAGAAAGUGGACAUCGUGCAGCAGCUGAUCAAUCAGACUCUGAUGCUGAACAGAGACGGCUGCUCGUCCCUGCUGCUGCUGCCGGGACGAGCGGGAGGAACUCUGAGCCCGCUGGAGAGCAGCCUGUGGCCCAGCCUGCUGCCUCCCCUCACCCCGCCCUCUGCCACCGUCACCUCCGUCAGCAGCUUCUCCCCAGAGGCCACUGGGAGCUCCCCACAGGGCGAGUGGACGGUGGUGGAGCUGGAGACACAUCACUGA